GGCGGCGGCGGCGGCCCGGCGGGCGGAGCGGCGCGGGCAUGGCCGCGCGCGGCCGGCGCGCCUGGCUCAGCGUGCUGCUCGGGCUCGUGUUGGGCUUCGUGCUGGCCUCACGGCUCGUCCUGCCCCGCGCCUCUGAGCUGAAGCGAGCGGGUCCUCGGCGCCGCGCCAGCCUCGAGGGCUGCCGGCCAGGGCAGGCGGCGGCUUCCCAGGCCGGCGGGGCGCGCGGCGAUGCGCGCGAGGCGCAGCUCUGGCCGCACGGCCCGGCCUCGGAUGGCGGUCCGCGCGACAGGAACUUUCUCUUCGUGGGAGUCAUGACUGCCCAGAAAUACCUGCAGACCCGCGCCGUGGCCGCCUACAGAACAUGGUCCAAGACAAUUCCUGGGAAAGUCGAAUUCUUCUCUAGUGAGGGUUCAGACACCUCGAUACCAAUUCCGAUAGUGCCACUACGGGGCGUGGACGACUCCUACCCACCCCAGAAGAAGUCUUUCAUGAUGCUCAAGUACAUGCAUGACCACUACCUGGACAAGUAUGAAUGGUUUAUGAGAGCAGAUGAUGACGUGUAUAUCAAAGGAGACCGUCUGGAGAAUUUUCUGAGGAGUUUGAAUAGCAGUGAGCCCCUCUUUCUCGGGCAGACAGGACUGGGCACCACGGAAGAGAUGGGGAAACUGGCCCUGGAACCCGGUGAGAACUUCUGCAUGGGGGGGCCCGGUGUGAUCAUGAGCCGGGAGGUUCUCCGGAGAAUGGUGCCGCACAUUGGAAAGUGUCUCCGGGAAAUGUACACGACUCACGAGGACGUGGAGGUGGGAAGAUGUGUCCGGAGGUUUGCGGGGGUGCAGUGUGUCUGGUCUUAUGAGAUGCAGCAGCUUUUUUAUGAGAAUUACGAACAGAACAAAAAGGGGUACAUUAGAGAUCUCCAUAAUAGUAAAAUUCACCGAGCCAUCACCCUGCACCCCAACAAAAACCCACCCUACCAGUACCGGCUCCACAGCUACAUGCUCAGCCGCAAGAUAGCCGAGCUUCGCCACCGCACCAUCCAGCUCCACCGAGAGAUCGUCCUGAUGGGCAGAUACAGCAACACAGAGAUUCACAAAGAAGACCUCCAGCUGGGAAUCCCACCUUCCUUCAUGAGGUUUCAGCCUCGCCAGCGGGAGGAGAUCCUGGAGUGGGAGUUUCUGACUGGGAAAUACUUGUAUUCUGCAGCUGAGGGCCAGCCGCCUCGGAGAGGGAUGGACUCCGCUCAGAGGGAGGCCCUGGAUGACAUUGUCAUGCAGGUCAUGGAGAUGAUCAACGCCAAUGCCAAGACCAGAGGACGCAUUAUUGACUUCAAGGAGAUACAGUAUGGCUACCGCCGGGUGAACCCCAUGUAUGGGGCCGAAUACAUCCUGGACCUGCUCCUUCUGUACAAAAAGCACAAAGGGAAAAAAAUGACUGUUCCCGUCCGGCGACAUGCAUAUUUACAGCAGACCUUCAGCAAGAUCCAGUUUGUGGAGCAUGAGGAACUGGAUGCAAAGGAAUUGGCCAACAAAAUCAAUCAGGAAUCCGGAUCCUUGUCCUUUCUCUCAAAUUCCCUGAAGAAACUUGUUCCCUUUCAGCUCCCUGGAUCAAAGAACGAGCACAAAGAACCCAAAGAGAAAAAGAUAAAUAUAUUGAUUCCAUUGUCUGGGCGUUUCGACAUGUUUGUGAGAUUCAUGGGAAACUUCGAGAAGACGUGUCUCAUUCCCAAUCAGAACGUCAAGCUCGUGGUUCUGCUUUUCAAUUCUGACUCGAACCCUGACAAGGCCAAACAAGUUGAACUCAUGAGAGAUUAUCGCAUUAAGUACCCUAAAGCUGACAUGCAGAUUUUGCCUGUGUCUGGAGAGUUUUCAAGAGCUCUGGCCCUUGAAGUAGGGUCUUCCCAGUUCAGUAACGAGUCUCUGCUCUUUUUCUGUGACGUUGACCUCGUGUUUACUACAGAAUUCCUUCAACGAUGUCGAGCAAAUACAGUUCUGGGCCAACAGAUAUAUUUUCCAAUCAUCUUUAGCCAGUACGAUCCAAAGAUUGUUUAUAGUGGGAAAGUUCCCAGUGAUAACCAUUUUGCCUUCACUCAGAAAACUGGCUUCUGGAGAAACUAUGGGUUUGGCAUUACUUGCAUUUACAAGGGAGAUCUUGUCCAAGUAGGCGGCUUUGAUGUUUCCAUCCAGGGCUGGGGGCUCGAGGAUGUGGACCUUUUCAACAAGGUUGUCCAGGCAGGUUUGAAGACAUUUAGGAGCCAAGAAGUGGGAGUAGUCCACGUCCACCAUCCUGUCUUUUGUGAUCCCAAUCUCGAUCCCAAACAGUACAAAAUGUGCUUGGGGUCCAAAGCAUCCACAUAUGGGUCCACACAGCAGCUGGCUGAAAUGUGGCUGGAAAAAAACGACCCAAGUUACAGUAAAAACAGCAAUAACAGUGGCUCAGUGAGGACAGCCUAAGGUCCAGCUUUGCUGGAAGAGACGUUUUUAAUUAUCUAAUUUAUUUUUCAAAAAUUUUUUGUAUGAUCCGUUUUCGAAGUCCAUACAAGGAUAUAUUUUACACAUGAUUUUCUUACAAAGGACUCCUUAAUGAUUGAGCUUUUUGAACAAAAAUGUGAUCAUGUUUGCCUUUGAGCACAUUUUCUUGCUGAACGUCAUGUAGCAGGCCUGCUUGAUAAUGACUUGAAAUGUACCUGAUGGACAGAACUUUCUUGUCGUGUUUCGUUGUGUUUUAUGCGUUUCUUUUCAGACCCCUUUGCUGUGGUCCUAUGGUAGAAAACAUGAACGUUCCUGCAAAGUAUUAAUGUAACAGAACACUGUAACUCUGGUACAUGUUUUGUUGUAACUGGUAACGUUGCACAGAUUCGACCUUUUGUCUUUUUUUUUUCAAUGGCGAUUUUUUUUUUUAAAGCCAUUUCAUGUUCUAAUUGUAAAAUAAGGAAAUGUGAUAAUAAGCUGUAUCAUCAUUGUCGGGAGAGCUUUCCAAAGUUGAUUCUUUCCCCCAACUUGUGCUCAUUGUGGUCACGGAGUUGUUUUAAAAGCAAGGGGAGAAAGGCACAGUAAGAUGAAUGGCUGUCGUCGUAAUUCGUGUGGCUUAAUGGACCUGGCAUUAAAUUCCAAGAAGGAUUUGGUUUUUUGUUUUUUUUUUUUUCUCCUCAUCUUUAAAGGGUACACUAUUAAUAUUUGGAAUGGCAAAGAAGAAUUAUUGUAAUAAAUCUAAUGUACACAAGCUAAAACAGAAACAAAAACCCGCCCUAAUGAAAGCAUUGGGGGAAAAUGUAUUUUGGUUUUGUUCAUCCUGUCUGUGUUACAUUGGUGGAGUUGGCUGUUUCAAUCUUUAAUUACUGUUUUGUUUUAUUCUUUGUAUCUGAAAUACCUUUAAUUUAUUUAAUAUCCAUUGUUUAGAGCUCGGCCAUUUCUCAAGUACCUGUUAGGCUAUUAGUAUUUAUGUGUAUCAGGAGUGUGUUUUAGUGUUAUUUUAUUUGCAGUAAACUGAUCUCCAAAGAUUUCCUUUUGAAAAUGCUUUUCCCUCCUCAAUUUUUACAUUCCUUACUGUUUUACUAAAUAUUAAGUGUUCUUUGACAAUUUUGGUGCUCACAUGUUUUGGGGACAAAAGUGAAAUCUGUCAUUACACCAGAAAGUUUGUUUGUUUUAAAAACUCACAGAUCAAAUGUGCCUUAAUAAAUUUUCUUUUUCAUUUAGAUUUCAAACAGUAAUAGACUUGCCAUUUUAAUACACAUCGUUGGAGAUCUGCUUAUUUGUAAAUAGUCUGUUGCUCAUUCGGGAAAAUAAACCAGUCAACAGUAUUUUUCUAUUGUACUUUUCAGGACCAUUUUGUCUCAUUACUCCUGUUUUAGCUAAAGAAUUGUAUAACAUUUGGAGAGUAAAAAACUGAAACACUGAUUUAUAAAGUUUUUCAAGUUAUUUCAGGGGGAAUAUUUAUGUAGAAUGCAGUUUGGGAGUGAAAUGAAACUUUCAAGUGCCUCUUCCUCUCCCCCGCACCCCCCUCCAGUGAACCUGUCCUUUGUUCCUCUUCAGCUUGUCCAUUCUCUGUUCUCUAGAACAAGGGUCUUCAAACCCACUCCAUGCCCCAUCUGGCUUCCUGGUACGGAUGCACCUUCCUGGCCCCAUAUUGGACUGGCUGCACCCAUUGGAAUCUACAUUUUAACCAGUGCCCACGUGCUAUUGUGUGCACGAACAUUCUCGGGGUUUUAGGCUAGAUCUUAACUACAGGAUAAAUUGUGUAUGGUUGCUCUAUAAUCCAAGAAUCAAAAAAAGUUUAGAUCUUUUAUGCCAAGGGAGCAAGCUUUGUGGAUGCCAGUUCCAGUCCGGGACAGGUACUUACCGUGUAAUGACAGUUAAGACCCAGUAUAAUAACAUUGUGCUCUCGGGAGGGAUUGCUGCCAUUCAGCCUAAUUGUCAUUUACUUUGUGGGGAUGUUUAGUUUUCCUUUGGAAAAAAAGCACAGAUGUUUUUAUUCUUCAGUAAGGAAGAGCACAGUAUGCGUCCUGAUGACAAAGUUAAGUUCUCCAUCAUACUAGCUAACUAGAGGGAUUUAGGACAGGGUAUGAGCAGUUUCCUUCUCAAGCUUGAAUGUCCAUCCAGUGUCUUGGUGAUGCUUUGUUCAAGUUCACCGUUUCCUUCCUCCUCCCACUCGUGCUCGUCUAUUCCACUUCCUGAUGUCCGUGUGGAUGUUUACGGAGGUGCUGCCCUCCCUUCCUCGAGAUUCAGUCUUUAGGAAUGCUGCUGGACCCCUUCCUUCUGGUUCCCUCUUUGGUGGUGCCACGCCCAGACUCUGUGCUCACUGGCCUCCUGGUUCACUCUCCUCCUGGCCUCUCCUCGUGUGUCCCGCCAGGAUCCCUCUUCUCAAUCAGCAGCUUUAGUGUCUUCCUGCCUGGGAGAAGACUCUGUGAGCCCCCUCCUUAGGAGCCUCCAGCCAAACUGGGCUCUAAGUUUGUGGGGUCAUCAGUCUCUUUCCUGCUCUGGCCUCUGUCUGGAGCUCUCUGCACACCACUCCGCUGGCCACCCGGACUCAUUCUCCAGGAGCCAACUGAAACUCUCGCCCUGACCACUCUGGGUUCAUCCCGGACCCUUCCAGCAUAGAUGUGACACAGCUGGACUUCAUUCCAUGGUCAUGUGAUAAUGUCUCCCUCACUCCAGCCCCUCGAGUGCAUCUGGAUCUCUUCCCAGCGGUACCCUGGCACGUUGAGCCCUCUUGUCUGUGUCCUACGCUGUCCCCAGCCUUGCUGUUAGUGCAUGGUGCCCCGUCUGUAUGCGUUCCUCCCAGUGGAAUGUCCAGCUGGCCUGCCUGCCUGUCAUUGCAUUGGCUGUGACCUUGUGGCCCAUCCAUACCCAUCCAUGACCUGGAAGUAAUUGCUUCUUCCCUUAAACCUCUGAAGGCCUUCUAGUUGAGAUAUGCUUUGUUUCAUUGUUACUUUAUUUAUACUUAGUAUGCGUUGCUUUAUUUUAAAUAUAGAGAAGUAUUGAAAUGGCCCAUAACCCCACAAACCAGAUAGCCCCUGUUAACAGUAUCUAGAAAUGAAGAAUACGUGGAGAUGGUUGGAAGGGGGAAGAGAUCACAAUGCUGCACAAAGGGGGGAAAUGGAGCCUUCCUCCUCCUCUAACCGUCCUGCCCUGAGGUCCCUCCCACAAAGAACCACCGGCUUUGUGUGUCCUGGUGGGGAAUGGGCGGUGCGAAACGUGUGUGAACUAGAUUGGUAGCAUUUGAAACAAUUCAUUUACACAAAUGAGAACCACAUGCUUGCUUGGGCACCUGGGCCUGUGUGAGCCUCUUCUUGCCGCACGACAGAGGUGGACCUGGUCCGCUCGUGACUGGUGGACAUAUUUCUGGAGGGCAGGGCGGGACCGGUGGGCUUUUGGGCGUUGUGGGGACAUGUGUGGGAGCCCUGUCCGGAGUGGGAGUGGGAGAGUCUUGUCUUGUGGGGCAGACGCUCAUGGCACCUCACCUCUGGAAGGUGGGAUUGCUUUCCCAGUCCUGCUAUUCUGGGCCAACAUGAGGCCAUAGUAUGCAUGUGGACCAUAGCAUUCCAGGACUUUGGUGUUUGGAGACAGGGCCGUGUGUCACAAACUAUAGGUCACACGACUGUCCAUCCCUCUUGGCUGCAGAGUGACAGCUGGGAGUGAAGGGGAUGCAUUCCCUUUCACAGGGUGCUGAGGGGAGAAGGGGCAGGUGCUGCUGGUGCACCCACAGCUGGGGGGACACAAAAGUAGCCCUGACCUUUCCCUAGUCUCCCCAAACUCCCAACAACCCAGCGGGAUCAAGCUCUUGAUCUCUGUGGGCCAAUACUGUGCUCCCUUCCUGCCCAGCCUUUUGACACAUCCCAUUCACAAAGCUCGCCCAGCCUCACCCCCAAUUCAGCAGGCGUGUGCUUCCUCCGCUGCUCAGACAGUAGGUGCAGGGAUGCGGCUAACGCACAUCUUCACUCCCAGCAGGCUAGAGACGCUUACCAUUGUCAUGUGCGAUUGAGCAAAAUGACAGUCACAUUUUGCCUCAAUCCUAUGCCCUUGAAGGGUCACGUGGAGGAGGACGACAGUAAAGGGGAAUGGUAGGUUUUCAGAGGCAUUCUGAUGCCAGGUCUCUUGCCUUUCAACAAAAGGUCCAUCCUCCAGGAAGGUGAACUGUCACCUGCGGGGCUGCCUGCCCACUGGACUCUGUCAGCCACUGAGGGGCUCUGCCCUGGCCCCAGACUUCAGGGUCUCCCCUUGUGCUUUCUUGUCAUGGUGCCAGCCCUCCUGCACCUGCACUGGUGCCCGCCCUGGGGGAUUAGGCUGUGUUACUGCAUAUAAAUUGCUGUAAUCUGUGCUGCAAAGGAGCUUAUGUGCUGCAGUGACUGGGGGCCAGCAGGGAGGGGACCUGUCUGCUAUGGUGGCUGCACAGGCCUGCACCCUACCUCAAUGGGUCCCACUGUGCUCUUCAAGCCCUGGAAGGAUGGGCUUCUGUUCCAUUUGAAGGAAAAGGCUGCUCAUACCAAAUCUGCUUCGUCAAACUUGUUACAAGUGCAGUAGAAGUGUAAAUGUUGCAAUGCUUUGGAUCAAAUUACAGCAACUCAUUUUGUAUGACUUCCAGUAGGGGAAAAAAAAAAAACUUCUCAUGUUAGUUUUGCUAUGCUUCAGCGUUUUGGGGGGUUUUUUUUGUUUGUUUUUGUUUUUGCAGAGAUGUGAAGGGGGUGGAUUGGAGAAGGGGGAAGAAAGAAAAACCUUCAACAGUACAGCAAACCAGAUUAAGGGCUAGCUUGUCACCAAUGAGUUAAACCAUUUACAUGCCUGUUGUCAGAUACUUUUUAAUGCAUUUAUUUAUCAUUAAUUAUAUUCCAGUUUUGAAGGUUUUCAUGUCUUACUACAACAAUCAAAAACAAAAUUUUGGGGACACCCGGGUGGCUCAGUUGGUUAAAUAUCUGACUCGAUUUCAGCUCAGGUCAUGAUCUCACGGUUUCAUGAGUUUGAGCCCCAUGUCGGGCUCUGUGCCGGCAGUAUGGAGCCUGCUUGGAAUUCUCUCUGCCCCUCCCCCACUUAUGCUCUCUCCUGUGUCUCUCAAAGUAAAUAAACUUAAAAGAAAACCCACAAAAUUUUGUCCUUUGGAAAACAUUCUAGCUGCAUUUUCUUUAAAACAAGUUGUCUGGCUGAUGAGUUGUUCCUGACUGUUUGUUUAGUUUAUGUAUUUAUUUUGAGAGAGAGCAUGAGCAGGGGAGGAGCAGAGAGAGGCUCUCAAGCAGGGUAUGCACUGUCAGCACAGAGCACAACUCGGAGCUGGAUCUCAUGAAAUGUGAAAUCAUGACCUAAACUGAAAUCAAGCGUCGGUCGCUUAACUGACUGAGCCACCCAGGUGCUUCUGCCAGACUGAUUUCUUUUUCUUUUUUUCUUUUUAAAAAAUGUUUUAUUUUUGGGAGAGAGAGCGCGAGUGAGGGGGGUUUGCAGAGAGAGAGGGACACAGAAUCUGAAGCAGGCUCCAGGCUCUGAGCUGUCAGCACGAUGUGGUGCUCGAACUCAUGAACCGUGAGAUCAUGACCUGAGCCAAAGUUGGACGCUCAACCGACUGAGCCACUCAGGCACCCCUAUGCCUGACUUGAUUUCUAAUGAGAAAGUAUAAUAAGAAAUUGAUCAAACCAUUUAGUGAUGCAAAAUAGGUAAGCUCUGGAAUCUACUUAAAUGCAUCUGUAAUGAAUUUCUCUCUAUCACGAGCCGGUGAUGCCUCUGGCCUGCCACCUUCUCUUUCCUCUUGCUGAUGUGCUGCAACUCAACAUCUGUGUUGGGCCACAGCCCACUGCAUACCCAGCUUAAUGCUACAUACACAUUCCCACUGGAGGAAGGAACACGGUUAGAGCCAAAUCUCAAAGGUACCUUCAAAUUUAUUCUGAAUUAAGUUUGGGGCUUUCUCUAGGCAGAGGCUUACCUCCUGUUACAAAACUAAAAGGGAAACCUCAAUCAUAGGUUCAGAAUGCCCUCCCAAAGCUAGAAAUGUUCUAGAAUACACAUUCAAGGUGUUGUGAAGGGAGCAUUUUGGACUUUUAAAUCUGUCUCCCCUUGUGAAUAGCAAUGCAAUUAAUCACAAUAUGAAAAUAUGUGUACAGGGAAAUUGAGUCAAGAAGGAAAGAUCUUCCUCUUCCACCAGCCUGUUCCCACUUUGGCAGGUUCCUCUGGAGUUUUUAUAACGCACUUACAGUUUGAUGCAAUGGCGUAUGUUCAGUGAGGCAACUUUCUCCUUGCUCCCACACCACAUACCCUUAAAACCCCUUUGUUGGUCCUUUGAAAUCACCAUUAGAGGCUGCCUCCUCUGUUAAAGUUGAGAAUUUUCCCAGUGUUGACCAUCUCGAGUGCCCCAUAUUGUAUCCCAAGUAACACUGCAGUGGGCAUUUUGUACUUGGACCAUCAGAUUCCCAGAAGUGGGCCAUCCACCUCGAGGGCCUUGGGACUCGGUGUUUGGCUCAUUUCUGACACAACACUAAGUCGUUUGGUAUUUUACUUGGUCAACGUUGACAUUUUGUCCCUACC